AUGUCCCCAAAUAAUUUAACUAUUACCGGAAUUCCUAUUUGGAAUAGUUUUAUAUGUUCCCAAAAUCUUACCAGAGUUACAGUAGAAACGGUUAAACGGGGAAUAAACACAGGAGAUGAUGCCCGAACAAUUGAUAAGACUACUCCACUUUCCGAAUCAUAUACAAGUAAAACUAAUACUAAUGCAUUAAUUUCGGGUGAUUGGACUUCAUCCACAGGAGUUUGGCCAUGUUAUAUUUUCAAUAAUUCUAAUAAAGAUAAAUUCAAACCCGGAACCAUUGAUCAACUUAUUAUAACUGCAUAUGCUAACAGAAAUCAACCACAACGAGAUACAGGAUUAAUAUUUGGAAUAUUUGAUGAUAAUAGACCACUUAAUAUGAUAGAACCAUUUACUGCUGGAAUACCUUCAAUAAAUACUUUUACUUUUACUUUAACAGAAAAAGUUGAUAUAAAUAACAAAGAAGAAUGGUCUUAUACUGUUAAUAAACAAAAUACUUAUAUUGCAUCUACUUUUGGAAAUAAUUCUAUUAUUGGAGAGUUUCUUUAUUCGCCUGAAACUUAUACGGUUAUAAAAUUCGAAGAAAAGUUUAAACAUACCGUUUAUGAUAUAAUUGGUGCAACAGGUGGAGAUUUUACAAUAGCCUUAGCAUUAUGGGUAAUAUUAUUUGGUCGAGGAAAAUAUAAAUCUUGGGGAUUAAUUCAACGAUUUAUUUUACGUAAUUCACCUGAUGUCCGUAAGAAAGAUGGUACUGAUCGUGAUGAUGAUGAUGGUAGAAAUAAGAAUGAUUUGGAAAGUCAAAUUGAUCAAACACAACAACAAUUACAUCAUUCAGAAUCAAAUAAUGAAUAUAUUGAUGAUGGAAGUGAAGGACUUGCGAAACUUACGAGUGAAGAGUUUACCAAGAAAAUUAAUAAAAUUAAUGAAAAACUUUUCACAUUGGAACAAACUAUAAGAAAACAUUAUCUUUCUGGAUUUAAAUUACAUGAUUCAGAUCUUAAAAAACCGAAAAAAAAUGAGAAUAUAGUUUGA